UAGCUCAUUUUCUGCCUCACUUUCUGACAGUAUACAGCUAUAGCCUACCUUUGUCCGCUGGAAAUGAGCAAAAUGAGAGGCUAUUAUAAAUGAGUUGAAGUCACAGAGUUAAAGUCUGGUGCUGCCAGUUUUCAGUGACAGAAAGACGAGUGUGUUACGUCGGCUCCGCGUUUUUCUUUUUAGGUGCGUUUUAGUCGUCGCGUGCACUGAUGAAGUCUUUUGAUAACACAAACAUGCGCGCGGCGUUGCAUGUCUGCUGUCAAAAAUAAUGCCAUAAACUAAUAUUGUAAGCUGUUUUUUGAGGCGAACUAUUUUUUUUUAUCCCUUUAUGCGGUUAUUAUUAUUAUUAUUUUUAUUAUUAUCAUUAUUAUUGUUAUUAUUAUUAAUCUGCAGACUAUAUUAGAGAAAGACCACCAAAAGCCAUUUGGGAUGGACUUUGCCUACAUUUCGAAUUCAUCUAUUUCGUCCUUGAGUUCUCCCGAGAAUCUAGAAGAAGAACAUGAGCAGUACAACAAUGUGCUCAUGCCCAGCAUAUUUGGUGUCAUCUGUUUCUUUGGGAUCUUUGGAAACUGCAUUGUACUCUACACCAUCAGCUUGUCCAUCGCAGACCUCCUCUUCCUCCUCGGCAUGCCUUUUCUCAUUCACCAGCUUGGGGGCAAUGGCUCCUGGUGCUUUGGUGCCACCAUGUGUACUGUCAUCACAGCGCUAGAUUCCAACAGCCAGAUCGUCAGUACAUACAUCCUGACUGUAAUGACUCUGGAUCGCUACCUGGCCACUGUCCAUCCCAUCCGCUUCAAACACGUUCGAACCACCUUCGUGGCCGGGGCAGCGGUAGCUCUGGUGUGGGUGUUUUCUCUGGUCUCCAUCACUCCAGUCUGGAUGUACACAGGACUCAUGCGUCUCAAGGACGGCUCGGUCGGCUGCGCCCUCCUGCUGCCCAACCCAGCUACAGAUACAUACUGGUUCACUCUGUAUCAGUUCUUCUUGGCCUUUGCACUGCCUUUGGUGGUCAUCUGUGGGGUCUUCUUCAAGAUUCUCCAAAACAUGUCAGCUACAGUUGCUCCACUGCCCCAGCGCAGCCUGAAGGUGCGGACGAGAAAGGUGACCCGUAUGGCAGUGGCCAUAUGCCUGGCAUUCUUCACUUGCUGGGCCCCUUACUACAUCUUGCAGCUGGCCCACCUUGGGGUGCAGCGGCCCACCUUUGCCUUCCUGUAUGCCUACAACAUUGCUAUCAGCAUGGGCUAUGCCAACAGCUGCAUUAAUCCAUUUAUCUACAUUGUAUUAAGUGAAACAUUUAAGAGGCAAUUCAUUGUAGCCAUUCGGCCAUCCCACAGGGUUUUCAGAGUCGCCCCUGCUCUGGCUGACGGCAGUAUGAGUCUGAGGAUGGCACCGGACAGCUCUCAUCUGUCUCACUCGCAGUCAUCAAGGGAACUACUUCAAAACAUGCUGCCUGUCACUGUGGCUGUGCACUGAGACGGACACUUAACUGGCCAUCAAUGACCGCUGCCAGCUGCCAGCUGCCAGCUGCCAGCUGCCACUACUGACUGCUCUUAUUCCCUCGGCAAACACUUCUGUUUACAUGAAGACAUAAUGAAGGAGGGAUCCUUCCAAAUGUGACUACUGAACUAUGAAGUACAUUUAUGUGCCAAGUGGUGAUAUGAUCUGUGACAUUUCAAGGCAUGUUCAAUGUGAGGAGCAGUCAGAUUUAGUCCCCCUUUUACCAAAAUGAGAAAAAAGGAAUAACAGAUGACAUCUUGUAUGUGGUAAAUAACAUUUUUAGCCUCAGCAAGCUACAGGAAAUGUGACUCAGUCAGCCAUUCGACAAUGGGAAAAAAAAAGAACACAAGCGAGCAUAAAGAGUAACUGAAAGCCCCUGAUGUUUCCUGAGAGUUAGCAACUGAGCUAAAAGGAGACAAUUUUUUUGCACCAAAUAUAACAAACUAAUAAUAAGUUUUGGUCCAUUGUGUUAUUUCCGCCAUACAAAAUGAAACCUUGGUUCUGCACCUCAACAUAACAAGUUUUAUCAUCUGAAAUAUCAUUUAUAAAUAGUUUUUUAACAGUAUUUAUCUGUGUUAGCUGUUUUAUGUUGCAGCCUGCAAUCAGUAUUGUUGGAUUACAGAAUAUAUUGUGCAUGUUUGUCUAUCAUACAGUUUGACAUUGUUUGUGACUUUGACCCAGAAAGCCACGGCACUAAUAGCUGGUCAUCUUCUGAACAGGAAACACAUGAUCUGUGUGACUCUUGUAUUUCUUAUCUUUUUGUUUUUGUGUUGUCAUUAUUAUUUUUUUAUUUGAUAGUGACAGGUGAAGAGGUAGAGAGGAAAUGGGGAGAGAGAGGGGUACGACACGCAACAAGGGUCACUGGCUGGAAUCGAACCGGCGACUGUUACGACCAUGCGGCAUGCGCUGUAACCAUUCGCUCUGACUCUUGUAUUUCAUAGUAAAAACCAUGGAAUCCAUCUUUGUGGCAUCUAAUCCAUAUAUUCACAGUGCUGCAUCAACAGCUGCAGCGUGUCACUUUUUUAAAUGUUGUAGUUUUGCCUUCUACGGAUCAUUGCAUGCAUAAUGAGCACAUCUUAAAUGUCAAAACUAUUGUACUGAGCAGUGAAACACCAUUAAGGCAAGCACGAACAGCUGUGGGCAGUGUGUGUAGUAAUUAGACAGCGUGUAAAAAAAAAAAAGACAUUAUACUGUAUCUAUGUGGCUGUUUGGCUUGUGAUGCUGUGAUGCAGUUAUUUGUCUCUGCGUAUUUAACUGGGCAUCGUUAUGAUGUGACCUGUGGCAUGCCUAUGGUAACUUGCUGUAUGUUUUAACUGUUAGAUUUGAAUCCAGGAGAUACAGAAGACUGUCUUUACAAUGCUCGGAAUGAAAGGUCAAAUUUAUUUCAAUAAAAAGUCAUGUUUUCAAUGUA